ACAGAAACCCACCGCACACUGCCAACAUGCUGCUCGCUGCCAAAGAUAGCAACGAGCCCGCCUUCGAGUGGCGAGCUCUGGAGAAAGCAGGGGUCGGGUUAUAGACACAGACCACAGCGAGUGGCCUAUGGAAACCUCUGUGAAGAUGUUCGGUAAAGCGUGUCAAAUGAUAGGCUUGUGGGACUUAGAAUGUAUAUAGACCUCUCCAUGUACCACAAUGGGCAAUGAUGUGCUGGUAAGCCUAUGGUGGCAUACUCCGUCACCAAGAAGUGAAAACAUUUUUUUUUCUUAAUCAUAACGUUGAGAGCCAGGAAAUGUUGAUAUCAAGAUCAAAAAGGAAGUGAUCUUGUACAUAAUAUCUGUGUGCUUUUGGAUGGGUUUGCCUAUAUUUAUCCGGAUUCAGUGACAUGCUUGGCGAGCAUACUCACCACUCCAUGCAUCCAAAACACUGCGUUGUUCACGCUGCAGGCUGUUAAAUCAACAGGUUCCUUAGCACCGUCCACAACUUUUCAUGAAUGGUUCAAACGAUGAAAAUGGAAGUAGUUCAGCGUAAGUCCACUCAGUUGUAGUGUUAAACUGUGGAGGAAUAGGCGCCACUAAAUCUUAAUCAUGGGAGGGAUUCCAUGUGCAUUUUAAUCAUGUUGGCGGGUAGACAAGCGAAUGUCGUUCGCUGCUUAAUGAGCGCGAUAGAUAUUUCAAAAUCUAACUGACGUUAAUUUACGUUUUGACGCAUUUCGGGGAGGCGUACCACUUCAUAAAGCUGUUAAACUGGAAUAGUCCUUUAUCUGUUUACAGUAUGUUUUCCCCACGUUCACCAGGCUUAAUUUCAUUAUCCAGCGUCAAACUCAAGGCUUUUAUGCAUCUUUAGCCCCCGGGGUCAGAUUUCUAGACGUGCCUAAUUAGACUGUUUCUGCUUUUGGAAACCCCAGCGAAAGAAAAUAUCUUCCUUACCCAUCUGGUGGUUGAAGUCUGAAGAUGCGUCAUCAGUGUCGGGGGCGGCGCGUGGCGGCGAUGGUGAUCCCCGGGUUUAUAAGCGCGGAGGGUCCUCGCUGCGCGAGGGCAGUGCGUCACACAGAUCAGCACGAGCGAAGGAUCCCCUUUCACCGAAUCAUAAUUCCCUUUCUAAAAAAACAAGGACAUAAAUAAGUAAUUUUAAGAGUGGUCAUCUCCAGCGCAGUCAUGAUGUCUCUUGAUAUUUUGUCGUGCCGGCGUUUUAGUUUGUGAGGCAGAACGCAUUGUUUGUUGUUUUUUUUUAUAAUCUUUUCGGUCUUUUAUAUUUUUUCGAGGAUCUUUCUUGACACUUUCUGCGGUUGUACGUUGCGAGCAGAUCCAGAGCAGUCGGGGAAUCAAACCGCCCCUAUAUGGAUAAAAAGCGCGUCCACAUCUGUCAAAGUUGUUCUAGCUGCGUUCAAAGUUUGAUUUCAGAAGUUGUUCCCAGCAACAAGGAGAAAAUGAAAUCGGCAGAAGAAGACGCCUACAGCUACACCCCCAACGUGGAGCCUCUCCUGGCCCUUGGGGGCCCCUGCCUGGCGUCCUCCCAGUACCACGGCCUCAUGCAGAGCAGCCCCACCAUCUCCGUCUCCGUCAGCUACGACGCCGGGGACGAUGGCCCCGCGGCCGGCUACUACACGACCGGCGGGCCCCUGGCCAACGGGGGGGGGGCCCCGGCGCUGGAGAGCCCGCGCAUCGAGAUCACCACGUACGGCCAGUUCCCCGGCGACGAGGGGGCCGAGGAGAGCUGCCUGCCCCUGGGCAAGCGGCUGAACUCCAUCGUCACGCUGACCCUCCCCAACGCCGACGGCUACCGGGACCCCAGCUGCCUCAGCCCGGCCAGCAGCGUGUCGUCGCGCAGCGGCCACUCGGACGCCUCGUCCUACGAGUCGGGCUUCUCCUACCACUACGACCACUCGCCGCAGAACUCGCCCUGGACCUCGCCCAGCGUCUCCCCCAAGGGCUCCACCCUGGCCCUGCCCGGCGGCGGCGGCGGCGGCGGCGGGCCCCGGGGCAACGGCGGCGGCUCCCCGCUCCACUCCUCCUCGCCCUGCGCCUCCCCCGGGACGGACCCCUGGGCGGGGGCCCUGCGGGGGUCCCGGCCCAACUCGCCCUGCGGCGCCAAGAGGAAGUACAGCUUCAACGGGGGCGGGACGGCGUCCCACCCGGCGCGGCCCGCCUCCUCCUUCCCGUACUCCCCCGGCGGCUCCCCGGGGCCCUCCCCCCGGGGCUCUCCCCGCCUCAGCGUGACGGAGGAGUCGUGGCUCCCCAACACCAACCAGUACACCAACUCGGCCAUCCUGGCCGCCAUCAACGCGCUGACCACCGACGGCGUGAUCGACAUGGGGGAGGGCGUGCCCGUCAAGGCCCGCAAGACCAGCCUGGACCCCGGCAUCAGCCUGAAGACGGAGCCGCGGGGGGGCGAGGGUCCGGGCUCCGGGGGGGAGCUCGGGACCCCUUGCGGCCGUCUGGCCCUGAAGAAGGAGAGCUACUGGGGGUUCCUGGACGUGCCGCAGCACCAGUACUCGUGGUCCAAGCCCAAGCUCUACGUCAGCCCGUCGCUGCCCGCCCUGGACUGGCACCUGCCCAGCAGCUCUGCCUACAGCCUGCAGAUGGAGGUGGAGCCGCGCUCCCACCACCGGGCCCACUACGAGACCGAGGGGAGCCGGGGGGCCGUCAAGGCUCUGGCGGGGGGGCACCCCGGUCGUCCAGACUCCAGCUCCACAGGCCUUCCCCCCCCCAAAAACAAUGUGGCGCGCUCCAACAUCAACCUGCGCCGCCGGAGCCCUCUCCACGGCUACAUGGAGAGCGAGCCCCUGACGCUGCAGCUCUUCAUCGGCAGCGCCGACGACCGGCUGCUGCGGCCCCACGCCUUCAACCAGGUGCACCGCAUCACGGGCAAGACGGUGUCCACGCCCAGCCACGAGGCGCUGCAGAGCAGCACCAAGGUGCUGGAGAUCCCCCUGCUGCCGGAGAACAACAUGCGGGCCCUAAUCGACUGCGCCGGAAUCCUGAAGCUUCGUAAUUCUGACAUCGAACUUCGGAAGGGCGAGACGGACAUCGGACGGAAGAACACGCGUGUGCGUAUGGUGUUCCGCGUGCACCUCAACCAGCCCACCGGCAGGACGCUGUCGCUCCAGGUGGCGUCCAAUCCCAUCGAGUGCUCCCAGAGAUCGGCCCAGGAGCUGCCCCUGGUGGACAAGCAGAGCCUGAGACCUGUGUGGCCCCCGGGGCCAAGGAUGCUCCUGAGCGGACACAACUUCCAGCAGGACUCCAAGGUGCUGUUUGUGGAGAAAGGCCCAGGACACAUCCGUCCCCCGCUCUCCCCUUGUGUCAAGUCCAGCGCGUUAUGUGACGGUUUCGGUUUUGGUUUCGGUUUGUUCCCCGUGUGGACCGGGGGCCCCCGGCGCACGCUGGGCCCCGACGGGAGCCCUGUCGGCGGGCCGCUGAGGAAGCUAUCCCGUUUUUUGUCGACUGUGUUUCUGCAUCAGACCUCGAUCCUGGUGGAGGUCCCGCCCUACCGGAACCAGAGGAUCUCCACGCCGGUGCCCGUCAACUUCUACGUGUGCAACGGCAAGAGGAAAAAGAGCCAGUACCAGCGCUUCACCUACGUCCCCGCCAACGUUCCCACCAUUAAGAUGGAGCCACGGGACGACUACGACGCCCCCCUGCUGUGCGUCCAACGCGGCCCCGCCCUCCCGCCGAACCCCAAGCCCUACUACGCCCCGCCCCCCUCCAUGAUGAGCUCCGCCCCCGUGGGCCAGCAGCCGGCCCCGCCCUCCUCGCUCUCCUCCUCUUCCUCGCCCAGCACCAGCCCCAAGCUGCACGACCUCUCCCCCUCCACGCCCUUCCCCACCAGGGGCCUCUCCCCCCCGGGGCCCCGGUCCCCCGCCGGGCCCCCCCACGUCUCCAUCAUCCAGGAGACGCCCGGGCGCUACUCCGGCUCCGGCCUCUACCCCCCCAGCAGCGCCUCGUCCUCCCCAGGGUCGCAGCCCUCCACGCCGGGCACCACGGGGCCCGAGGCCCCCUUCUCCCCCGGCCCUGCCCCGCCCUCCAGGCUCAGCCCCGCCGCCAGCCCCCGGGGCCCCCAGCAGAGCCAGCCCGCCAAGGGGCCGGACCGAGGCCGGGCCCCCCCGCAGGACGGUGAGGGUGGAGGCGGGCCCCUACCGCUGGCCCUCAGCAUCAAGCAGGAGCCUCAGGAGCUGGACCAGAUGUACCUGGACGACGUCAACGAGAUCAUCAGGAACGACCUGUCCAGCAUCUCCGUCAACAGCAACGCAUAGCUUCCUGUUCCCAUGGAAACAAAACAAGAACAACAACACCUAAACAAAGGGAAACACACAAAUAUUUCCCCCCUUGCCGCUCCCCAAAAAAACUAAAGUAUCUAAAUAUACUGUGCCCUGUGUGCUCGGACUACAGCAUUCAGAAAACAACAGAGUAUCCAGGAAAUACAACAACUACAAAGACGUUCAGAAAUACCAGGUGUGUGCCUUGUGUUUCAUAAAGCUUUUUGUAUUCACUGCCUUGUUUUUAGAUACUUUGAUCAGGUAGGUAGCACCUCAACCCCCGAAGUAUACUCUUAGUGGACCAAGUGUGUGUGCGUGCGCGCGUGUGUGUGUGUGUGUGUGUUUGUGUGUGUGUUUGAGAGAAAGAACGGGAUGGGGAGACUUGGGGAGAUAGUCUUUUCUCUGUUUGUAAAUUAAACAUUGUAUAUACCUGUAGUACUCCAGCUUGCAUAGCUGGCAUUACACUCAGACAUUAGAAAAUGAAAAUAUAGCCACGGUGCCUUGGGCCGGAAACAGGAGUAACGCAUUGGAACUAAAAUUGUAUUCUUUUCUGGGACGUCAGUCCGUGUCGUUUUGAACCCGUUCGCCAGAGAGUUUGUGUUAUUAGGUUCUUUCCUUCAUUCCCUCUCAACGCUGCGCGCUUAACCACUACAGAGUAAUUAAGCCACAGGUUUAGUGCCUUGUACAAAAAUGAACAAAUACUGCAGAUGUACUUUACCAAAAUAAGAAUAUGCACUGCUAGGUUUAACAUUGAUGUGACAACAUGAAACUCAUCCUCCGUGGUUACCUUGCCUUUUAUACACUAUAGCCAAAAUUAGCUGUAAGAUAUUACCCAAAAAAAAUCUGCCGAAGUACUUUGUACAGUGUUUUAGGAUACUCAAACCAGUGUGCUAGCCUGAUGGUAGGGUGGUACACACAUUUUUCGUUCCUCAGCUUGUAAAUAACGUGUUUUCCAGGUAGACGUUCUGCGUCAGCAAUAAUGGACUUAAUAGACAUCAGCGGAAGCAAUCAUCUCAAUUUUGACAAAAAGCUUGAUUAUUAUUAAUCCACCUAAGCUAUGCAAUGAGCAGCAGCUGCAACAGCGUCUUUGGAAGAAUGUAUGCGUUAACAAUCUUGAUAGUGACGCACAACUUUAUUCCAAUGAAAAAUUACGGAUGGUGAGAAGCAAUAUAUAUAUAUAUAUAUAUAUAUAUAUAUAUAUAUAUAUAUAUAUAUAUAUAUAUAUAUAUAUAUAUAUAUGUAUGAAUUAAUGUUCGUUUUUUCCUUCAUCAUUUUUCUACCAACAUAUUUAUUCUUGUAGCAUGUGCUCUUUUUUUCUCUCGUUAAUCCUAGCGUUGCUAUGAUAUAAUGCACCCGCAUACUGUGGUUCGUUUAUCGGUUGGGGGUGCUCGAUGGCUCCCCCUUGAGGCUAAAACAUUCAGACCUACCGGAGUUCCAAAGUUGGGUUUGGAUAUUUAUGUCUAUUUAUGAGUCUUAAUCCAUGUAUGAUGACAAAGCCAUAGUGAAAUGUUUACUGGAAAGGUUGGGAAAGUAGUCUGAGAAUUAUGCCUUGUGAACCGAUUUGUGCAUUGUAUAAAAAUACAAAAUAAAUAAAAAGCCAUCUCUCUU